AUGAGUCAACAAACUUACAUUCGUCGUUCUAUUUCAAAAUUUCAAGAAAGUUUAUGGGUCGAUUUUCGCGCUCAUCCAAAAUCUCAUAAUCAUAAUGUCGUUUCUUUUCUUAAUAUUAAAAACACCAAUUCUAUUCGCGAAAUUACUGCUGCUGCUAAUAUUUUAACUGCUAGACAUGGUCUUUUAAGAAGUACUUUUCAUGAUACUGAAGAAAAUGGAAAAUCUACUAACCCUUAUAGAAAGGAAUAUCCCGCUAAUCACGAAAGAGUUGCUGUUCAAGUUAUGGAAAUUUCUGCUGAUGAAAGAGAAAAAAUUAUUAAAAAACCUUUUAAACUUGAAAAAAAUUAUCCUAUUCGUUUCUAUCUUUUUAUGGAUCCUGAAGGAAGAUCGGAAAAUAAAAUUUGUAUCGUUUCUCAUUAUAUCGCCGUUGAUGGUGCUGGAAACUUUAAUUUAAUUCACGAAUUUCAAACUUUAAUGGCUGGAAAAAAUUUACCCGCUUCAAAACUUACUUUCGAUGACUAUGUUAUGAAACAUGAUGAUUGGCUUAAUUCUGAUGAUGAACAAUCCGAGAUUUCCCAAUUUUGGUUCGAUCAAAUUCGUUCUACUAAAUCUAUUAAAUGGCCAACAAAACGUGCUGCUGCUUAUUGCUCUUUAGCUCCUCAACCUGAUGCUUGUUCUUAUGAAGUUUUUCAUAAAAAAGUUAAAGAUUUAAAAACUUUAGGUAAAGUUUUUGGUGUUACCUGGUUCAAAGCUAUGUUUUCCGCUGUUUGGAUCACCAUGGCUUCUUUCAUUGAAAUGAAGAAUGUUAACUUGUGGAUUCCUUUCACUGGAAGAUGUUUGCAAAUUGGAAAUGAUAAAAACGCUUUUUCAAAACUUAUCGGACAUUGUGUAAAUAAUAUGCCCGUUCAUCUUAAUGUCGAUACUACAAAUCAAAUUAGUUUAAAUGCUUUCAUUCAACAAGUUUCCACUUUGUUGACUGAUGCAAAGAAAAAUGAAAUGUAUCCUCUUAUUAGUUUGGCAAAAUACGCUCAACAAACUUUAAAACGUCAACUUAAUCAACAAAUUUUAGUCGCUUCAACUCCAAAAAUGCCUAAUGGCUCUCGUAUGCGCAUCUUUAAAUCGGAAAUCGAACUCAUUUUCGAUUUCGUUCAACAAACUGAUGAAUCAAUUAAAUUAGUAAUUGAUUAUAAUCCUUCAAUUUUUGAUAUCGCUGAUAUUAAACAAAUCUCUUCCCAAUUCUUGGAAGUUAUGAGUAUGAUGAAAGGUUUCAGCGAUUUAUCUUUCAAAGUUCCAAAAAUUUUAUUGAACAAUGGUUCGGCUCCUGAUAUUUCCACUCCUAAAUUUUCAACUAUUCACGAAUUAAUUCAACAACAAGCAAAAGAAAUUCCUCAUCAAUUGGCUUUAAAUAUGACUGAACUUAAUUUAUCAAUGACUUAUCGUGAAUUGGACACUAAAAGCAAUCAAAUUGCUAGAUACCUUUCUCAAAUUGGUGUCACUUCGGAAACUUUUGUUAUUAUUCAUAUGAAUCAAGAUAUGUAUAUAGUUCCCUGGUUAAUUGGUAUUCUUAAAGCCGGUGGUGCUUACGUUCCCGUGGAUAAAGAAUAUCCUGCUGCAAGAAAAGAAUUUAUUCUUAAAGAUUCUGAUGCCAUUAAAGUAAAUAUCUCAAAUUUAUCUAUGUCUGCUUUGAAACCUCAAAGUGAUGCUGGAAAUCUUUGUUAUAUGAUUUAUACUUCGGGAACAACUGGAAAACCAAAAGGUGUUUUGAUUGAACAUCAAAGUGUUACAACCCUUUUAACUGAUCCUAGAUAUGAUCAUUUUAAUCGUCAAGGUGGUGGUGUUCGAAUUUUACAAGCUUUCUCUUUUGCUUUUGAUGCUUCAUUAAUGAGUUGGGCUAUUGGUCUCGUUCGUGGUGCUACCAUUUGUUUCGCUAAAAAUCCUAAAUUAUUAAUUGGAAAUUAUUUAACUGAUAUGAUUAAACUUAAUGAAAUUGAAGCCAUAGCCGUUGUUCCAAGUGCUUUAUCUACCAUAUCACCUGAUGAUUGUGGUCCAACUUUGAAAUGGGUUGAAGUUGGUGGUGAAGUCGUUUCUUCAAAUUUAAUUAAAACUUGGAAAUCAAAAGUUGAAGUAUUCUUUAAUUGUUAUGGUCCUACUGAAGCAAGUAUUGUCGCUACUAAUUAUGAUAUAGUGGCUGAAAAUAAUCCCGUCGCUCUCGGUUCUUUAAUUGGAACUCCACGUCAACAAGCCGAAAUUUAUAUUUGUGAUCCGGAAACCCAAGAAUUGGUCGAUGGGGAAGGUGAAAUAUGUAUUGGUGGUGUCUGUUUGGCUCGUGGAUAUCUAAAUCGUGAUGAUCUUACAAAGGAAAGGUUCAUCUAUCAUCCUCAAUUAGAAAAACGUGUUUAUCGAACUGGUGAUCGAGGUCGUAUACUUGAAGAUGGUAGAGUUAUAUUCUUAGGAAGAAUUGAUAGACAAACAAAACUUCGUGGAUUCCGUAUUGAACUUCCUGAAGUUGAAACUGUGAUGAGUAGUACUUGUCCAGAAAUUUCUUUAGUUUCCGUUCAAGUUCAUGAAGCACGACAAACUUUGGUAGCUUUUAUUACACCAAAGAAUUUAGAUCGUGAUGCUGUUACCGCUAAAUUAUAUAAAGUAAUGCCAAAACAUCAAGUUCCAAUAAUCGUUCCUGUUGAUGAGUUGCCUCGUACUCAUAAUGGAAAGAUUGAUCAUGCUGAAGUUAAAAAAUUGAUGCCUACAUUACUUGAAAAAUCAACUGCUGAAAAAUCUUCAAAUUUAAAACCUCAACCACCUCAACCACAAAAGAAAGCCGCCGCCUCAGGUGUUUUAAAGAAUUGGUCUACUAUAGUAGCUCAUUUACAAGUUUUAUGGCAAGAACUUAUUGGAUUAAAAGCUAAACCCGAUAUUGAUACCACUUUCUUCGAUUUGGGUGGUCAUUCUUUAUUAUUGGUACAAUUACACAAAAAAAUUCAACAAAUUCCAUCGGCUCCAAAAAUUGAUCUUAUGGAUCUUAUACAAAAUCCAACGAUUAGAGCUAUGGCAAAUCUUCUUACUCCUGUUGAAACUUCAAGUUCUGAAAUUGUUCAAGAGAAUAUUACUGAAACAAUUAUUAAUCAACAAAAUACUGAUGAUGACGAAAUAGCAGUCAUUGCUAUGACUGGUUACUUCCCUGGUGCUAGAUCAGUUGAUGAACUUUGGGAUUUGAUCUUAACAGGAAAACACGGAAUUCAUACAUUUACUGAUGAAGAACUUGAUGAUUUACAUGUACCCAUGAAUAUGCGAAAUGAUCCUAGUUAUGUAAGAAGAUUAGGUGUUCUCACUGAUAUUGAUAAAUUUGAUGCUCCAUACUUUAACAUUACUACUAAAGAAGCCAUGUCCAUGUGCCCUCAACAACGUUUAUUAUUGGAAUUGGCUGUACAAGCUUUAGAUGAAGCCGGAAUCGAUCCUGAAAAAGAAAAAGGUCGAAUUGGUGUAUUCGCCGGUGUUGUGGACAGUACAUAUAAUAACACAUCUAUGGAUCAUGCUAAACUUGACCCAGCUAUUCGUCAUAGAAAUAUUCUUGGUGUUUCUAUCGGAAGUGUAGCAACAAGAGUUUCAUAUCAUUUGAAUCUUACAGGUCCAUCUUAUUCAGUUAAUUCUACAUGUUCCAGCUCUUCAACAGCAUUAAAAACUGCAUUAAACAGUCUUAAAUGUGGUGAUUGUGAUGUUGCAAUUGUUGCUGGUGCUUGUAUUCUCUUACCUCAAACUGGAUAUUUAUAUCAACCUGGUUUCAUUUAUUCUAACGAUGGUAUGUGCCGUCCGUUCGAUCAUCUUUCUGAUGGUACCGUUACUGGUAAUUCGGUUACAGCUCUCGUUUUGAAAAAAAUGUCAAGUGCUAAAAGAGAUAGAAAUCCUAUCUCCGCAAUUCUUAAAUCUGUCGCAUUUAAUAAUGAUGGAGCUAACAAACUCAGUUUUAUGUCGCCUAGUGUUGAUGGACAAUGUGAUGCAAUUAAAAAGGCUAUUCAAGCUGCAAAAAUUACUCCUUCUGAUAUUUGUGUUAUUGAAGCUCAUGGAACAGCAACUAGAAUAGGUGAUCAGAUGGAAAUUAAAGGUCUUUCAAAAGCAUUCAAUGAACUCACCCCCUCAACAAAAAGAAAAACACAAUAUUGUGCUAUUUCUUCAAUAAAAGGCAAUAUUGGACAUUGUAAUAUUGCUUCCGGAAUAACGGGUGUAAUAAAAGCUGUUAAAUGUUUGGAAAAUCGUGUCAUAGCUCCUAUGGCACAUGGACUUUUUGAAAAACCUAAUCCAUUAAUCGAUUUUCCUUCUACGCCAUUUUUUGUUGCAACACAAUUAACUAAAUACGAAGAUCCAAAACCCAUGUAUAUUGGUGUAAGUUGCUUUGGUGUUGGUGGAACAAACGGACAUUGCAUUUUAGCAGAAUAUAAACAAGAAAAAUUUGCUCAAGAUGAUUCCGCAUUUAAGAAUUCUAGAGUUAUUUUACCCCUUACUGGAAAGAAUUCUGACGCAUUAAACAGAGUGAAAGAAAGCUUUAUUAAACACUUUGAGAAUGGUAACUUAACCUUACAAAAUUUACAUGACACAGCCAGAACACUCCAACUGGGAAGAACAGAGCAUGGAUUCCGUGGCAUUGUGGUUGCAUCAUCAGUUUCUGAAGCGAUAUCUCAACUCAAAUUAGCAAAAGCACCUGUACGUGCAAAAGCUACUAGGUGCAACGUUUUCGUAGCUCCUGGGCAAGGAAGUCAUUCCAUUUCAACACACAGACAUCUUUACAACUCUUCACCUUUAUAUCAAAAGAGAUUUAAAGAUUGCUUGAAGAUUUUACAAAACUAUGACCCAUCAGUACCGGAUCUUUCAUUAUAUCUUACAACAAAUACUCAUGAAUCAACUUAUGAUCCUCUUUUGGUCUUCAUAUCAAGUUAUAUCUUGGCUGAAAUUAUUCAAACUUCGCUUAAGCUUCCAAUUUCUGGUGCAGUUGGACAUAGUCUUGGACAAUAUGUUGCAGCAACUAUUGCCGGUGUAUUCACAUUAGAAAUGGCCUUAGCAAUUGUCCUUGAAAGAACAAAAGUCAUGCACAAAAUGGAAAAAGGAUUAAUGUUGGCAGCCAAUUUAACUAGAGAAGAAGCAUUAAAAUUUGUCUCUAAAGGAAAAAUAUCUUUGGCAGCAAGUAAUGAACCAGAACAACAAGUAUUCUCUGGAAGACCAAAAGAUAUUGAAGAAUUAGCCAACCUUUUGAAAGAACACAAUUACAAAUGUAAAGCUCUUAACGCUUCAUAUGGGUUCCAUUCUCAUCUUGCAGAUUCGAUUUUGGAUGAAUUUGAAAGUAAAAUUACACCAUUACUUGAAGAAGCAGCUUUAAGGAAAGAUUCUAUUACAGGCGUUCCUUUCAUUUCAAAUGCUACUGGACAAUGGGCCGAUAUUGAUGAAGUUUAUACAGCAGAAUUCUGGAGUGUACAUUUAAGAGAAACUGUUCUAUUCGAAGCUGGAAUUUCGACCAUUUGUUCAUCAUUCGUAAAUCCAGCAUUCAUUGAAGUUGGAAUUGGUGCUGUUACUAGUAGGUUAAUUCAAAGAAUGACUAAUAAUAAAGAAAUUUCCGUAAAAGGGUUUGAUUCGGAACAAACCUCGAUUGAAGAAAUAAUCGGAAACUGUUGGGCUAAUGGAGUAAAAAUAAACUGGGUCAAAUAUUAUGAAUCCGUUGCUCCUGCAAUGAUAAACACUCAACUUAUCAAAUUACCAUCAUAUCCAUUCAAACGCAAGAGCUAUUGGGUCGAUCAAUUCAAACAAGCUGGUCAUAGAUUUAUGGUCCAAAAUAAUUACCAAGAUCCAAAUGAAGUAUGUGAAGAUGACGAUGAUGAAAUUGAUGAAAAUGCCACAGAUAAGAAGGAUCUCACAAUUGAAGACAGAGUUGUUAACUGCUUCAAGAAGGUUUUGGACCAAGAAGAAGUUUAUCCUGAUAAUAGCUUCUAUGAACUCGGUGGUGAUUCUCUUUUAGGAUUAUCUCUUCUUGCAUCAUUAAAGAGGGAGUUUGGUAUUCACCUAUCAACCCCAAGUGUUAUAGUAACUUAUCCAACCCCCACUACUAUGGCUAAAUUUAUUCAAGAAAAUAUGAAUAAUGAAUCAGCUCAACCCACAUUGGUAACUCUCAAUCCUGGUGACAAAAAUUUCAAGAACUCGAUUUACGUAAUACAUCCAAUUGGUGGAUCCUGCGCCAUUUACAAAGAUAUGGCAUCAUCAUUCGGAAAGAUGCCUGUUUAUGGAUUUGAAUAUCCAGGAAUCGGUUCUUCAAACAUGAAGUAUCUUUCCGUUCAAGAGCUUGCUCAAGUUUAUCUUAAAGAACUACUGAAGUCAAAUCCAAAUGGUCCUUACAAUCUAUUAGGAUCUUCCUUUGGUGGUGCAGUUGCUUACGAAAUGGCAUGUGAACUAAUAAAACAAGGAAAAACCGUAACCUCUCUGACAAUGGUGGACUCUCCAAAUAGCAAAUAUAUGCCAAAAUCUUUAUCGAAUGCCUCGGAAAUUUUAGACUACAUGUUCUCUGAAACAUAUGAACUUGAUGGACUGAUAGGUCUAGAUGAUGAAAAAGCAUUACAAAUGGUUGUUACAAAAGCCUCAAAAUCAAGCUCGAAAGGUUCUGCAAUAUCAGCCGAUAUGUUGAAAACAUUUGUUGAUGUUGCCAAACUAAAUUUAAGAGCAUUAAAAGAAUAUGAAUUGCCGAUAGCUAAAAAACCAAUGAACGCGUUAUUCUUCAAAGCCAUGAUCAAGAGAGAAGAUUAUGAUGCUACUUCACCAGAAAAAGCCUGGAAAGAAGUGGUUGACGGUUGUGGUGGACGAUUCGAAUGUAUCGAAUUAGAAGGAACUCACAAUGGACUGAAUCGAUCGCCUAUAUGUGAAAAGAUUUCACAUCUUGUUAGACAACGAUUAUUCACUAGAAGAGUUUUCUAA